CAGGUAACUCUUAUAACCCUCCACAUUGGACUGCUUGUCAUGCAAUGUCCAUCAACAUGUUGACUUCUCGUGGUGUUGUGGGGGUUUCUAUCUUUGUGCUGCUGAUUGUGGACAUUUGCUGCUUCUCUUAUAACCAAGGCUCAAAUCCCAGCGCUUCCCAUGGCAGCCAUUAUUCAAGUGCUGCUUCUGCUGUACAUGCAGACCAGGGAGGUCAGUCUGUAGUCUGGCCCCCCAAGGUUCCCAAAGGUGUCAUCAUGCAACAUAAUCCAUCUGAACCACAUGUGGGGCCCGGCAUCUCUAAGCCUACUGCUCAAAGGGGACCGGCACCAUCUGUUGGCCUCAGUUCUUCUUCUGGGCCCAUCUCUUCUGGCUUCAGGGACACUUCAGUGAGGAAAAUCCCUGCCAUCUCUGCACAACCAGGAGCUGCUUUUCAACCUGGUCCUCAAAACAUCCCCUCUGCUCCUCCCAAUCCUCCCUCUGGAGGUGAGGGAAUGUCUUCUGGCAUCCGUGACGUUGCACCCAGUUUUCCUGAGGCAGUGAGUCCAAUUGAACCACAGUACAAGGCGGGAGAGCUUUCCCAGUUCGAUAGAACCUUUGACUAUGGUAACAACGAGAGGGAGACCGAGCAACAAGGCGGUCAGCCUCAGCCUCCUCCUCCCCCCUUCAUUGCUCAAGAAUCUGCUGGACAAGGUUUUGCUGGACCACCUCAGCCAGUCCCCAACCCCGGUUAUGGAGUUGACUUUUUACCUUUCCCUUACGACUACAUGUUCCUCACUGGCCAGUAUCCUCCAGGCACAUUCAUCCACACCAGCAGCAGCUACGAUCACGGGAGGGACUUCUGGGAAGACGUUCGGUAUGAGCGACCCGGUCGUGAGCAGCCGGUGGCGCCUGUUGCUGGCUUUCAAUCCCCUCAGAGAAUCAAGGGUCCCAAUCCUCUGAUGGCUGGUUACAGACCAGUUGGUGGAAAGGUUGGACCUGCUUCUUCCCACGGAGGCUUCAGGCAGCCGGCUGGUGGGCGCAACCAAGUUAAGGGUGCCUACUAGGUGGGGAUCCCUACAGUGUACAAGGCCUUUUGAAUGCAAUAAAAGUUUUAAUAAGCUCUCACCACCUGU